GUGACGCGUCGCGAAAGAGAUACAGCAGCAGAAAAUUUUACUGCUCAUGUUAUUUGUGAUUUUAUACAGAAAACACUUAUAAAAAAAUAUUUAAAUGUCUAUUAAAGUAUUUUAAAGUUAAAUACACCAAGUAUUUGCACAAAAUUAUAUAAAUUUAUAUUUAAUUCGCACAAAAAAUCUGUAUAUAAGUGCAGCGGAAACUUCUGCACUAGCAUUUUUCUUUAUCUACGUUUGAGUUGAGUUAUUUUUUGUUUAAUAUUUCUUUAUACCUAAAAUUACAAGUGUGUGCAACAGCAGCGGCGGCAGCAGCAAUAGCAAUAGCAACAACAACACAAAGAACAAGCACGAAUAGGAGCGAGCACGAAGAAAAUAAAAAGGUGAAAUUUUCUACAAUAGAAGCAAGCAAAAGAAAAACGCGUUUACAAAGCUCAACUGCGAACAACAAUUAAAUAAAGUAGAAGCACCGCACCGGCUAUACGGCUAUACGACAGCAUUUACGCAUCAAACAUACAUUUGAGUAAUUUUUGAUAUAUUUUAAUAUAUUUUUUUUUUAUUAAUAUACACAUAAGUAUCGCAACUCGACGACGUUCAAGCAGCAGGAACAAAGUGCAAGUUCAAGUAAAACUAUCAAUUAAUAUAUAAAAAAAAAAAAAAAGAUUUUGAUAAAUGUAAAAGGCUGAACAAAAGCAAAACUACGUACGUAAAAAUUCCAUUUUAAAUAUUUUAUUUAAACGAACUUAGAGUAAAACUGAAAAGAGAGUAACGCUUGGUGAAUUAUACAAAACUAACCAAAAAGCAGCAAAGUAAAAAGCAAAGUGAUAACACGCCUAGUUUAAGGGCAUACAAAGUCUUCAAUCAACUAAAUAUUUAAUAUUAUAAACAAAAAAUCGAAAUCGAAAUCAAAAAAGAAACGCUUAAAACUUAGUUUAAAACUAAACGCCCUUAAAGAGGCCAAAAAAGUUGAAGCAGUUAAGCAACAAACAAAAAAAAGCAAAAAAAAAAGUAAAGUAAAGUAAAGAAAGUAAAAUGCGUGAAUAUAAAAUCGUUGUAUUAGGCAGUGGCGGUGUUGGUAAAUCGGCGCUGACCGUCCAAUUCGUACAGUGUAUAUUCGUCGAGAAAUAUGAUCCUACAAUCGAGGACAGUUAUCGCAAGCAGGUGGAGGUUGAUGGUCAGCAGUGUAUGCUCGAGAUCUUAGAUACGGCCGGUACAGAGCAAUUCACCGCCAUGCGCGAUCUCUACAUGAAGAAUGGGCAAGGUUUCGUGCUUGUCUAUUCCAUAACCGCACAAUCAACAUUUAAUGAUUUACAGGAUUUACGCGAACAAAUUCUACGGGUUAAGGAUACAGAGGAUGUGCCAAUGGUACUAGUGGGUAACAAAUGCGACUUAGAGGAUGAACGUGUAGUCGGUAAGGAGUUAGGCAAAAGUUUGGCUAAUCAAUUUAACUGCGCCUUCAUGGAAACAUCUGCCAAAGCAAAAGUAAAUGUUAAUGAUAUUUUCUAUGAUCUUGUUAGACAAAUUAAUAAAAAAUCGCCAGAGAAAAAGCAGAAAAAACCGAAGAAAUCCCUAUGUGUUCUACUAUAAGACUACAUUUUAUAUUUCCUCACAUAUAUAUUUUUUUAAUUAUACCAAGAUUUUUGCUUUUCUUAUCAAACACAACAAAAAAAAAACAAAAACAA